AAUCCGGAUUUUUCUGACGUCCGCCUUUUCCACUAGCCUGUGAGGUGCUGCCAGAUACUUUCGCCUUCGUCCUCUCUUCCUCCGUUCGCCCACCCCUUGCUUGGCUUCAUGGUCUCCUUGCUCCCCCGCGCCCCGUACCGCGCCUCCCUACCCAAGCCCGGCGCUGGCUCUUCCUCCUCGCUGCCGCCGCCUCUAUCCUCCAUGUCGUUGUCCUCCGCCAUCAAUCCGGCGGCGGCUGGGGCGGAGGCGGCGUCCCGGCCGAGGAAGUUGCCGGUGCUGCUGUUCGACGUCAUGGACACCGUCGUCCGGGACCCCUUCUACCACCACACCCCUGCCUUCUUCCAAAUGUCCAUGAAGGAGCUCCUAGAAAGCAAGCAUCCAACAGCAUGGUUGGAAUUCGAGAUGGGAUUAAUUAAUGAGACUGAGCUGGCCAAAAAGUUCUUCAAUGAUGGUAGAUCUUUUGAUUUGGAAGGUCUCAAAGAGAGCAUGGUGAGAGCAUACGAGUAUAUUGAUGGAGUUGAAGACAUUCUUUGCUGUUUGAAGCAAAAUAACUAUGAAAUUCAUGCUUUUACAAAUUAUCCAGUCUGGUACCAGUUAAUUGAGGACAAGUUAAAGCUCUCGAAGUAUUUGUCCUGGUCAUUCUGUUCUUGUCUAGUUGGAAAACGCAAGCCUUCGCCUGAUUUUUAUCUUCAUGCCGUGGAUCAUCUCAAUGUGGAUCCAGCAAGCUGUAUUUUCAUUGAUGACAGGAUGUCCAACAUUGAAGCAGCUCUUAGUGUAGGAAUGGUUGGGUUGCAUUUUAAAAAUGCUGAGGUUCUAAGGAAGGACUUGAGCUCUCUAGGAGUUGAAUUAUCUCCUGUUCAUGAAGGUGAAGCGCAAGCAGAAUAAGGUUGCGUCCUACCUAGUCUUAUGCUAAAAACAAAUACAAUUCAAAUGUGCAUAUAUAUAUGAACCUUUUUCUUCGUGAGCUGUCAAUAAAUUAAUAGGCUCUGCAUGUCACGUUUGUAAUUUUCACAUUCUGUUAAUAGUGCGUAUUCUCUCA